UUAUUCCAAUCUGAGUUCUAUUGUGCGGCGCAAUCUAAAUUUUAACACGAAGAUCAGAGGUAGCAAGGACUGUUGUCUGUGGUUAGCAAAUACCCUUGCCGGUGGCGCAUGGCGAUUGUAAAUACUGCCAGCAAAAAGCACUAUGGUUGAUGGAACCUUGAGUUGGACAGAUUUUCUUAGCGAGGCCAGAGAGUUUUUGCACUUGUCGGAACAGUUGGGUGAUGGGUGGACGCUAUGUGAAAAGGAUGGGAAUGAACCCAACACUUUUCUCAGCUGUAAGCGGAAAGUAAGAAGCAAAGAUAAUGGAACACUCUCCACGCUAAUCAGUGUGGAAUAUCACGUGGUAUUUAGUGUGUCGUACCAGGUGCCCAUGUUGUUUUUUCAAGCGCACAGAUCAGACGGCAGCCUGCUGGAUGUCGAUGCAACGUGGCGCGCAUUUAUGCCAGAAGCGAGAGAGCGCAGUGAUUUAUUCCAGAUGCUGACGCAGAUGGAUCAUCCAGUUUUGUUUCGCCCCUUCAUGGCUUUGCAUCCUUGCCGCACCUCCGAUGUUUUGGCCCAAUUCGGCAAAAAGAGCGAAAACCGCAUACUUACGUUUAUAAGUGUUUAUGGGCCGCAUGUGCAAUUGAAUUUGCAAAAUGCCUACGGAAAUGCAAUAAAGUGCAAAUAAAAAACA